AUGUCCUCCAGCACCAGUCACAUUUCAUCUCUGUCAACACGCCACCCCGCUGUCUUCAGUCACACCUCUGUCCUUAUGCAGUCACACGGCACCUCUGUCUUCAGGCCCACGACACCUCUGUCUCGGUCACAUGACAACUUGGUCCUCAUGCAGUCACAUGACACCUCCGUCUUCAGUCACACGGCACCUAUGUCUUCAGACCCACGCCACCUCUGCCUCAGUCACAUGACAACUUUGUCAUGCAGUCACACGUCACCUCUGCCUUCAGUCACACGUCACCUCUGCCUUAUGUCAAACGACGCCUCCGCCUUCAGUCACACGACACCUCCGCCUUCAGCCACACCGCAGCUGUAUCUCUUUAGUCACGGCAUCUCCAUCUUCACGCGGACACAUUCGUCCUGUCAUAUCCCACCUCUGUCCUCAGUUGCGACCAUUUUUGUCCUCAGUCAGGCCGCACCUCAGUCCUCAUCCUACCUCUGUCCACACUCAAACACCACCUCUGUCCUCAGUCGCAUCCCACCUCUGACCUCAGUCACACCGCACCUCAGUCCUCAUCCCACCUCUGACCUCAGUCACAUCCCACCUCUGACCUCAGUCACACCUCACCUCAGUCCUCAUCCUACCUCUGUCCCCAGUCAAACACCACCUCUGUCCUCAGUCACAUCCCACGUCUGUCAACAGUCACACUCCACCUCUGUCAACAGCAGCACCUUGCCUUUGUGCACAAUUAUACCCCAGCUGUAUCCACAAUCAUACCCCAUCUCUGUCCUCACACACAUCCUAACUCUGUCCUCAGACACACUCCACCUCUUGUAUAUGCCACCACGCAUCACCUCUGUCUCGGUCACAUCGCACGUCUGUCAACAGUCACACUCCACCUCUGUCCUUAGAAGCACCUCACCUCUGUGUACAGUUACACCCCAUCAGUAA